CAACAGGGCACACACGAUCAUGGAGUGGUGCCGUGGUGUGUGGGCUCUGUAUUUUGUAGUUCUCGUGUGUAAUAUAGGUGUCAUAUACUCGAAAUUAUCAAGCCAUAGAUUGUGCGCAAAUUUAGAAUGCAAUGUUCCUGUAUCACACGGGUUUUCCCUGAUGCGUUAUGCAGCAAGGGAAAAGGGAAUGCUCAGUAUGAAGCCCAAUGACAGGGUCAUCAUAUACAGCUACCCAGCUGGAGACAAUCCCAGUUUGUUAGGUGUGGAGGUGAAUGGAGUCCGAGGUUAUGUACCCAAGACAUUUGUGCGAGAGCAGCGAAUAGAAAAGAGAGCAACAGAGCUGGUGGAGGUGGAGGAGGCAUUACGUCCGCGGCCAGCCGCGCCGCCGCCACCGGCCGCCCGGCCGGCCACACCCCUGUAUCCGUACAGCCACGAGUGGCGCGACCGCAAGGUGAAGUUGAAAACGCGUGCCCCUGACUGGCAUCACAAGUACCUGCGUACCUUGCGGGAGCGGCGGCAGCAGCAGCAGGCGGAGCUGCUCGCGGCCAGCCAGCAACAGCCGGUCACCCAGCCAGCUGUCAAACAGCAGCCUGGGGCUCAGCCAGGCAUGCAACAGCAACCAGGAGUCCAGCCAGGCAUGCAACAGCAACCAGGAGUCCAGCCAGGCAUGCAACAGCAACCAGGAGUCCAGCCAGGCACGCAACAGCAGCCAGGGGUCCAGCCAGGCAUGCAACAGCAGCCAGGGGUCCAGCCAGGCAUACAACAGCAGCCAGGGGUCCAGCCAGGCAUGCAACAGCAGCCAGGGGUCCAACCAGGCAUGCAACAGCAGCCAGUGGAACAGCAGCCUGGAACCCAGCCUAAGUUGCAGCAGCAACCAGACGCUCUGCCUUACACCCAACAGCAAGCCCCAGUGUUGCCAAACACGCCGGAAAAAACAGGGGCCGGGCAGAGUACACAAGGCCAGCAGGUGGUUCAUCGUGCCACGCCAGCCCAGGUGGGGUCCCAACCCGACACACAGUCCCAGCCAGCGAUUGUAGGGGGCACCCAACAGCCAGGGAUCGAGCCGAGCACACCCGAACAGAACAGCACGCAGUCACGUGAGGGUCAUCCCACCGCGCAUCAGCCCCUGGCCGACCUGCCUGUGGCUCGCCAGGAGACGCCAUCGGUUCUGUCGCUGGCUCAGCAGCAGCAGCAGCAUCAGCAGCAGGCGGCGGCGUUCCAGCCGGCCGGUCAGCUGCUGCAGCAGCACCCGCAUCUGCAGCUGAGCGGCGCCCCGGGCUUGGACGCCAGCGGCGGACACCGGAAUCUGUUCGGCACCGUGGUGGGUGCCUCGGCGCAGCAGCUGCAGCCGUCGCCAGACGGCGCCGCUGCGCUCCGGGGGCCCUCGAUGGCUGCGGAAAAGAAGGCGGAAGGUCCGAACGUGGACGCCAAGCCGGCGCCGACUGACGGCUCGCAGAAGGCCGAUCUGGAAGCGGUGCCGAAGGGCGCAGAGCAUGCAAACGGCGGGGAGGAGGUCGAAGCCACCGGCGGAGACUUUCCAGGCGAUAAAAUGACGACCGAUUACGAAGACGAGUAUCUCGGCUAUGACGUGGCGGGAGACGCGGCGGACGUCGGCGAGGCCGGAGAAGACCAGCCGACCGACCCCGUGGAGCAGCCGGCGGCCGGUUUCGGCAUCCCCGGCCCGCCGGGGCUGACCGCCGCGCCGUCGCGGACCGCUGCAGCCGACGAGGGCAGUGUCGCGCCGCAGACGGGGGACCAGCGCUCAGCGGAGCCCGCGGAGGACGACGGCAGCUUGCCGCCUGCCCCCGUCCUGACCGCCGGACGGCACUCUGCCCGGGAGAGCGAUGCCUCGGAGGUCCCGGGGCCGGGACGGCAGGCGCUGCAGGACACCGCCGAGGGGGUGCCGAUGCCGGGGCAUGGCGGUGACGAGAUCCUGUCGAAGGGGCAGGCUUCGGAAUGUGGGGAGCCCGGUGAGGCCGCUGCAGCGUCGGUCGGGCUGGAUGCCGAGCGCGGCCUGCUGCGCGAGCGGCGCCGGCUGGUGCGCGAGCUGAAGCGGAGGCGGCCACCUCUGGGCGACGCUAGCCCGACCGCGCUGCCCAGCUACGACCCGCUGUCGCGCGACUACCGCCGGCCGUCGCCACUGGCCAGCCUGUGA